GGGCGUGGCCGGCUUCGAGAACGGCACCCUGCUGGUGAGUCGCGCCGAACGCCGUCACGAGGGCCGCUAUCUGUGCGAGGCCAAUAACGAGGUCGGCGCCGGACUCUCCAAGGUCGUUACCCUCAGCGUCAACGAACCGCCGUGGUUCGCCGUCAGAAGCCAGCGCCAACAGGUGGUCGUGGGUGCUACAGCGACGCUCACCUGCGAAGCCCAUGGGGACAUCCCGCUCAAGCUGGUGUGGACGAGGGACGGCGCCCCCCUGCCCGCCCUGCCAAGGUAUGAGUUGUCAGAGCGGGAGGUUGACACAGGUCAGGUCACCGAGCUGGUGUUGAGGUCAACUCACGUAGGAGAUUCCGGAACAUACGUCUGUACUGCUACCAACACACAUGGUUCUCUCACUGCCGAUUUCCAUCUCCUCGUGCAAGAUGUCCCAGGGCCCCCGUCAGGAGUGGGUGUGGAGGAAGAAGGAUCUCGUCACCUGACCCUCACCUGGACGCCCCCUGAGGACUCCAAUGCACCCAUAUCCGCCUACAUCGUCACCUUCACGUCCCACGAUAGCCAGCCUUCGCAAGAGGGCUUGUUCGGUGCUCCCCGCGAAGUGACUGUAGAAGGUGAUCAGAGACGCGUACGAAUCGAAGGUCUCCUGCCCGCUACGAUGUACGUGUUCACUGUUGUGGCGGAGAACCGAGUCGGACGGAGCCAGCAAUCUUCGCCUCUCAGGGUCAAGACGCAGGAAGAGGCCCCGUCAGGUCACCCGCAGAAUGUCAGGGUGGUACCAGUGUCAUCGACGGCGCUGCAGGUUAGCUGGGAACCGCCUCAUGAGAAUCUUACCCAUGGCACUGUGCUUGGCUACUACUUGGGCUACAAGGAUGAUAGUGAGUCCGAGGGCGGAGCAUACAACUUCACCACCGUGGGCGUAGACAGCGUAGGCGUCACCACAGCCACAUUAGCGGGUCUCCGUCCUCAUGCCCGCUAUUCCGUCGUGCUCCAGGCUUUCAAUUCUCGAGGCGCGGGUCCGGCCUCGCCCCCCGCACUGGGCACCACGCUUGAGGACAAACCUGGAGCACCCCCUGGUCACGUGACAUGUGAAACGGUGACGUCAUCAAGUGUGGUGGUGACGUGGUCGCCUCCUCCGCCUCGCCAAGCCAACGGCAUAAUCACUAACUACAGGGUCACUUACACGCAGAUGUUUUCCCAUGAAGACGGCCGGACCGGCAGUGUGGUUUCCGAGGGCCUGCGAGCCACACUGACUGGUCUAAAACCCUGGACCAACUACAGCGUCAGUGUAGCGGCGUCUACGAGGGCGGGCGAGGGUGUGCAAUCCCUUCCCCUCGUCUGCACUACGGAGCAGGAUGUGCCUGAGGCUCCAGCCCGCGUGAAAGCCGUGGUGUCAGGCCCUCGCGCCGCCGUGGUAUCGUGGGCGCCGCCCUUACGCCCGCGAGGCCGCAUCACACGCUACACUGUGCACUGGGCGUCGGCAGGGAGUCGCAGCAUGCCCCACACCCGCCGCGUCGGCCCUCAUGUCACUCACUUGACCUUGCAUGACCUUCCUCAUACCACACACGAGGUAUGGGUCACAGCCUCAACGAGGAUGGGCGAAGGACCAAAGAGCAGUGUUACGGUGGUAACUCCUUCUCAUACAGUGGGCGCGGGCAUAUGGGCGGUGGGCGGGAACCUGACGGCGGCGUGGAAGGAGGACGUGAGCCUGCCCUGCGGCGCCGUGGGUGUCCCUGAACCCGUGCUUACCUGGAGCCACGAGACACUCCACAUUCCUGACUCGCACUCCAGCAGGUUCACGGUGCAGCCAGACGGCACCCUGACCCUCACCGAUAUCCAGAGGAGCGACAGCGGCCAGUACACGUGCACCGCCUCCAACCACCACGGCGUCGACUCCGUUACUUAUAAUCUCACCGUCCUUGUGCCUCCUUCAGCGCCCUCCCUGCACGUGACCGAGACGACGGCCUCCUCCAUCCGGGUGCAGUGGAGUGUGGAGGACACGGGCGGCGCUUCCCUCCAGGGCGCCACCUUGCACUACAGAUCCGCCGGUGGAGAGUGGAUGACGGCGGAAGUGGAAGGGUCCCACCGCGCCUACACCGCCAAGGGCCUCCGCUGCGGCACCCUCCACCACUUCUAUCUCACGGCGCAUAAUCAUAUCGGCACCAGCACAGCGUCGUCGACCGUGGAAGCCCGCACGAAGGGACGACCGCCCGAGGCUCCCCCUCAGUUCCAGUUCGUGACGAGCAACAGUUCUCAAGCCACGCUGUACUUGGCCCAGUGGAGUGACGGAGGCUGCCCCAUCUCACACUACUCCGUGCAGUACCGUCUGGCUGGCAUGGCGCACUGGACCACGGUGGGCAGCGAGAUUCCCCCGAGCCGCACGUACGCGGUGGGCGGGCUGGACGCGGGCGAGCGCUACGAGCUGCGAGUCACCGCCUUCAACUCCGCGGGCGCCACCCCCGCCCACUACAAGGUCAUCACGCCCGGCCGCGGAGGCACAGGCAUGGGCGUGAGCGCAGGGGGAGGAGUGUGGGGGGGAGCCGCCCCCACCUCCCCCGUGUGGCGCGACCCCCGAGUGCUGGUUCCCGCCGCCGUGUCCGCACUGGCGCUGCUGCUCACCGUCACCACCGUCUGCGUCUGCCUCAGGAGACGUCCUACCAAUACCCCGCGCCAGAAGGAGGUUCCUGAAGGCGUUUCUUCGUCAGGAGAGGAGAAGACGGCCAUGCAGGCGAGGGAGGACGUUUACACCACCGUCCGGAGGCCACCCCCCGCCCCCCCGCAGUCCACGCCCGAACUCAGGGACCAUAACGGCGAGUACAGUGAGGAAGACAUCUACCCGUACGCCACAGCCACGUUCCAGCUGGGCGGAGGCAGUCCCCCGCCGCCCGCGCCGCCCUCGCCGCCCACGCACUCGCGCCCGCACUCCCGGGGACAGAACGGCUUCACGGCCCUGGUCUACCAAGCGCCGUCGCUGCAUGACGUGGACUCGCCCAACUUAAGCGAGAGGGAGUCCAGGCAGUCCCGCGGAGGAUUCCCCUACGAAGGAUCCGAGACUGAGGACUACGGCAGUGUGUUGGACGCCGAGGCCAGGGUCCCCCCCCACCACCGCCGGCAGCGCCAUCUGAGGACCAGAUCCCCCGCAAUGUCAGGUUCCCCUAAGCUACGACGCCCUCUUCCCCAGCACCUUCACCAGCACACGCUACGGCCAGCCCGACAUCCAAGGCAGUGAUUGGGUACCGCGCAACAGAGGAGUAAUCAGCACCCCCCAACCCCUUCGGUUUCUUCCCCGGCUCCCGAAGAAGAUUACUUAAGACCGAAGAAAUCUCCUUAGAAAACCAACUCCAUUGUGUCAUCGCCCUAACUUGUUUAAGAAAAUGAAAAAUAAACAAAGGAAUCAAAAUAUCAUGUCUUUAUGUUGCGUGAUAUCUAAUAAUCUAACAACUUUUUUUUUAAUUCUCAUCUUUUGCUUUCACCACAAUCAGAACAUUAAAUGUCUUGUACCUCAUGAAACCUUGUCAAAUCAACCUUGGAAAUGUCGAGAAAAAAAUUUGCUUAAUGAAACCUUUACUCUCAUUCCCCCUUCAUUUUUUUCUUUUUUUUUCCUGGAACCUGGAAAAAUGAAAUAAACUUUUUAUCAAUCUGAUUAACAGGCAUACACCCUCAUUAACAUCCAUCGCAACCCUCACGCCAGACAGAACCUAUUACACUGUACAUGUUCAUCUGGUUGCUACGCUUCGUCUUAUACUUGUUCACCUUUUCUAAAGACUACCUUUCAGCGCAUUAUAUCUUGCCUUUUUAAAGCUGGCAUGAUUGGUUCUAGUUUUAUACAUUUAUUUGGUCAGAAAAAGCGUGACUAUUUACGGUUUUUCUACUUUUCAAAUGCUCUAGGAUAGUGACUGUGCUUUGUAAGUUUUCUACUCAAUAGAUGUUGCAGACUAAGUAUAUAUACAUGUUGCGUCAUAUGUAUAGUCAUAUAUAUUUUUUCUCCCUUUUUUUGGAAACGGUGCCAAUAAUGAGUUUUUUAAUACUCCAAGUAAAAUGUGAUGACGGUGAUGACUUUUUAAAAAAAUUGUGAUGUGCCAACGUUUGCAGAAACAGCUGUGUCUGAACUGUGUGGCGUAUAAGAUAAUUUCAUCUUCUUCUUCUUCUUCUUCUUCUGCUUCUUUUAAGAUUUUUACUACUUCUUGAUGACCUCAAAAGUAAUUUAGAAUAUUACAUCUGUUCUAGAUGUUAUAUAUUAAAUGUAAUUCUUGUGUAGCAUCAUUUUGUGAUAAACGUCAGCUUGUCUGUGUGUGUGUAGUGACAUUGACGAUUUUAUGAAUGUUAUUGUCUGAAAAAAGAAUGAAUUAAGAUUUUAAAACCUGAAAAGUUAAAGAAAUAUAGAAAACGUGACAUAUUUUUUCCUUUCUUUUGGAUUUUUCAUUCCUAUAAACCUAGGGUGUAAUAAGUGUGAAAUAAAUUACAAUAAUUUCUCUUGGUGACGAGAAUAUGGAGAAAGAGAGAAAGAGAAGUGGGGACGCAUCCCGUUGCGCCUUUGUCGUGUGUUAUGGUUUUUGUGACGCGGGAAAAUCUAUAUACAAAAAAACAAUACAAUUUGAUCUCUAAAAAGGUGAUUAAUCACCACGAUGAGUUCCUGAAAAAAGUUGUGGUGAUGCGAAAGAAGACGAGAAAAUAACUGUAGAUAAAAGUAUAUAAUUGUUACUGAAAUGGAUCAAUUACUGAAAGUUUUUUUUAACGGCUGUGAAUGUUUGCAGUGUUUUCCCUUCGCCAAAGUGUCAGAAACGGUUACGUUCUUAUACUUCAUUACUGUUGUAUAGUUUAUGACAGAUUAGAUAUAACUAUUUUACGGAUAUAUUUGUAAAUAAAAAAAAGAUUUUAUGUAUAUGCUUCUGUGUAUAUAUCUGUGUAUAUAUUUAUGCGUGUACGACU